AUGGUUAUAAAAAUUGACUUGAUGAAGGAGACUGACACAUCGAAGGAAGAAACAAUCCAAACACAAGAGGAAAAUAAAGCCUCCAUUUUCCACUUCCAGGCCGUUUUCUACAGUGAUAUCAAAGAGAGUAGGAUUUAUCGGGUGCUGUUUAAUGGUUCCGGAGCUCAAAUUUUUCUGUCUGCCGAUGAUGGUGUCGGUUUGGUUGAUGAUCUGGCUGUGGAUUACGCGCAGAGACACCUGUACUUCACGAACUACGGCAUUGUAAUGUGUAACGGUUCGGUCUACUCGUGGCACAAAGUGGAAAUGGUGAAUCUGAGAGAUCGAAGCCGCUACAUCCUUACCAACAUGGCGACGAAACCCCAUGCCCUGUCACUGGACCUGCUACAUGGACUGGUGUACUUCGCUGACAGAGACAACGGAUCUGAUUUUCUCUGGCAAAUGAACAUGGCAGGUUUUCAACAGAAGAAAAUAAUUUUGGACAUCAACGGCGACAUCCAAAUAAACUCCAUCUCCAUCAGCUCGUCUAAUUCCGCUUUAUAUUUUGUCGCAUCUGAUCUGACAUCCUCAGACCAAUCAUGGUGCGUGUAUGAGAUUUCCCUUGUUAAUCUGGGCAGUAAUCUCAAGACUCGACGACUUGAAAUCUCACUGACGGGUGCUGCCGAUGUUACUUCAAUGGGAUUUUCUUUAUUUUGGACGGACCAGGUGGAAAAUUCCGUUAUGUCAUAUGAGAGAAAAUCUGGUACUAUCAGCGUGCUACAAAACCACUUGAGCGCCGACAAAAUCAAGUAUACACGACAAGAGGUAUCAUGGACAGAGAUUGAAGUGUGCAGUACAGACGGGACUAAUUGUUUCGGGGAUUGUGUCCGCACGGCAGAGGGCGCCCCUAGUUCACCCACAAACACCUGUCUCUGUCCUGUGGGGGGAAGGCACGUGUUCAAUUCAGAAACGCUGUCAUGUGACGAACCUCCCAUGUCUGUGAUGUUUGCGGAUGUGGAUAGUAUCAAGCUUUUCCCAUACUGGCAAUCCUCUUUCGCUGUUCCACCUACCGUGCAUACCAUCUAUCAGCGGGCCUUCCGAGACAGUAACAUAGUGGGUCUGGCGUACGAUACCGAUACAGAUCUUUUGUACUUUUCCGAUGGAAACAGGGGCUCUAUAUACGUAAAGAAUACCGGGACAAAUAAGCGGUGGCGGUUUUUUGACAGCAGAGACCUUCCGCCGAUGUCCCGUCGUCACCCCCAGGUUAUAGACAGCUUAUCCUUGGACAAGGUGACCAAUCCAAAACGACUCCUGUGGACAAGCUACGCGGAAGGGCUCAUUUGUGCGAUGGACACUUCCGGGAGCAACGCCACCUACCGUCAGCUUAUCAAGGGACUCCAGCAGCCAAGGGCCUUAAUUGUUGAUGAAUAUGCUAAGAUGUUAUACUGGUCAGAAUGUGGUGCCGAUGGAAAGAUUCGAGGAGCCACCCUGGCCGGAGAGAAUGUCGUGACUGUUUUUGAGGAUGGCCUUACGUGGCCGAAUUCCAUUCUCCUGAAUCCAGAGACACACCAAAUGUAUAUCGCCGACGGAGCGGACGGAAGAAUUUAUAUAUGUGACAGCAAUGAAACAGAAUGGAGUUGUGGAAUGCUGAAUAACUCUGGAGGGAUAAUGCACAUCUUCAGCAUAUUACUACUGGAUGAGUACCUGUAUCUGACCAGCUGGCAACCACCAUCCGUUGACAGGUUAAACCUGGUUACUGGGGUGAGAGACGUGGUUGUUCAGGGUUUGACUCGGCCCACACAGAUGCUAGCUAUUCCUACGAAGAAGAGAUCUCGUGGAUGUGAGAACAAUCGGUCAGAUUGCGGUUUUUCCGAGAAGCUGGGUGGAAGAGAUUCGUCCAUGGACAAAUAUUUACUGUUUGGCCUCCUUGGUGCGUUUCUAACGAUCAUCUUUGUGGUGGUAGCCGUGGUACUGUGGAGGAAGAAAGAUUGCUUGAUCCAUCGGGAUGUUGACGAUGGCCGCAGACAGACUGACCACACUAUUCUGGUCACCCACCAACACAGCCCAGAGCCGUGUUCUCCAACAGAUAAACUUGCAGCACAUUUUGUCGAACAUCAGCUAUGAAGUACAACGCACGCACAUGCAUGUGGGAAUCUUGGAGGACUUUCGUUAGGAACCACUCCCUUACCCCACCCCCUCACCCUCCCCUCCCAAUGUUUUGCACUCAUAUGUACUUACUGUGUGGUUGCUGUCCGGAGUUCCCAACUGAUUGGUCUGGCAACCAAAUGAACGAAAUAUUCUUAAGUAGGCCUGGGUGCAAAACACGAGCUAGAUUAGUGCAGAAAAGGCUGUGUGUACUACACUGCUAUAUGAAUUGUCCAUCGGAGAAAAUACAAGAUAAAUCUAUGAAUAUGUUCGGGAUGCAUGUAGUAUACUACUGUCAUGUGUUUCUCCGUUUUUUUGCCAACCGCAUUUUACUGGAUUUUGGGAAUUAUAAAUAACGGUCGUAUGGCCACCUAUGGUGAGGUAUUCAAGGAGACAUGUUGUCAAGGAAGAAAUUCCUCAGCAAUAAAUCGUGAGCGAGAUCUUAUAUUCCAUUUUUUAAAGUCUAAUCUUUAUUGGGAGUUUGUUAAAUAAUACAUUCAGAUAAUUGUCUCAUUUGUUGAAUUCAGUAUUGUUACACAUGUUGAUUUGAAACAGAUAAGACGUACUUUGAUAUAGCUGGGAUUUUGUAUAAAAAUAAUUCCCCACGGACUAGGAUGAAUGGAGGCAUUUUAUUUUCAAAAUCAAGGAAACGAGUUUGAAUAUUAUGCCACGUGUUUAUCCUGUAUUUAGAAAUUAUGUAGCGACAAGUGUAUGGGAACAGACAUUGUACUGACUGUGUAGUCCGUGGUUACCAGUUACAAAUCUCAGCCAGUUAGCGAUUAUUGAUUUCCACUGGUCUGUCAUCACAAAUCAGUGUACAGCCAGUUAACAGUUAUAGAUUUCCAAUUGUCUAUGAGCACAAAUCAGUGUACAGCCAGUUAACAGUUAUAGAUUUCCAAUUGUCUAUGAGCACAAAUCAGUGUACAGCCAGUUAACAGUUAUAGAUUUCCAAUUGUCUAUCAGCACAAAUCAGUGUACAGCCAGUUAACAGUUAUAGAUUUCCAAUUGUCUAUCAGCAUAAAUCAGUGUACAGCCAGUUAACAGUUAUAGAUUUCCAAUUGUCUAUGAGCAUGAAGCAGGGUACAGCCAGUUAGCAGUUAUUGAAUUCCAAUUGUCUAACAGCACAAAUCAGUGUACAGAAAGUCAGCAGUUAUAGAUUCCCACUUGUCUAUCACCAUAAAUCAGUGUACAGCCAAUUAGCGGUUUUAGAUUUCCAAUUGUCUAUCAGCAUAAAUCAGUGUACAGACAGUUAGCAGUUCUAGAUUUCCAAUUGUCUAUCAUCACUAAUUAGUGUACAGCCAGUUAGCAGUUAUAGAUUCCCAUUUCUCUAUCGUCAUAAAUCAGUGUACAUCCAGUAAGCAGUUCUAGAUUUCCAAUUGUCUAUCAGCACAUGUCAUUGUACAGCCAGUUAGUAGUUAUCGAUUUCCAGUUGUCUAUCAGUACGAAUCAGGACACAGCCAGUUAGCAGUUAUUGAUUCCCAUUUCUCUAUCGUCAUAAAUCAGUGUACAUCCAGUUAGCAGUUUUAGAUUUCCAAUUGUCUGUCAGCACAUGUCAGUACAGCCAGUUAGUAGUUAUCGAUUUCCAAUUGUCUGUCACCAUAGAUCAGUGCACAGCCAGAUACCAUUUAUCUAUU